AUGGCUGAAGAUAUCUGCCAGAGAACAGUUAACAAAGUUUGCUCCAGUAAUUAUAAAGAAAUUUCCACUCACAAUUUGGUAUCCAACUAUGAAGGUGGUGGUGUACUCUGGUCUUGCCUGACCAAGAUGAAUGCAGAUGUCACCCAGAAGGUUCCGGUUGUUUAUGAAGAUAACACCAAUUAUAUAUCUGAAAGCACCAGUAACAGCAACCAAGAAGAAGACCCAGCAAAGUCUGUGUCUCAGAAUAGCUGUCUCAGUGUUCACCAGCCAUCUUCUCUCCAACAGCAACUUUCUCAAUGGGAAGCUUUGGGGACAAAGUUCCAGGAUUACAAACAGUCCUGUCCUUUCUUGACCAUCCCACAGCAGAGGGAACGGCUGUACAGUCUACUCCCUCUCUUCCACCAGGUAUGCGACAAGACCGCAGGAGUCUUAUCUGUGCCUUUUAUUGGUUUAUUGGCCAGUGACCUGGGGAACCUACUUGCCAUAGAAGUGAGAAAGAGAAUUUAUAAUAAACCAGCAGGGCCAGCAAGACUCUCACUCUCAGACUUCCUACAGGGCAAGGAAGAAGGAAUGUCUGGAUACCUCCUCCUCAAAUCUGUUUAUCUCUUAUCCAAGACAGAUCAGAAGGUUCUUUGUUGUCUUAUCAAGACGGGCCUACCCGAAGUGUUUCUUCAAAGCCUGUAUUUGUUUCUCGCCUUUCCUCUUGGGCAAGGAGUCACUCCAGUUUUGCAAGAGUUUGAUAGCCUUGUGCAAGACAUCUUCAUAAAGACAAUGCUGAAUCUUUGUAGCCAAGCACAGGGUGUAGAAGAUCUUACCAAGUCUUCAGACUUUGAGUAUCUGCUCAAGGCAGCAGCAUCAGGCUGGGAUUGUUGUGACAUUCGCUGGAGCGUAGCAGUUGAGAGGUUGUUGAUCAAAGUGUCUAAAGCAUUAGCUCCUGGAUUAUUGCAUUACCUCCAAACCUUGCGAUGUAUUCCUAGUUUUCUACAGACUCUAUCCCAGCGAAUGAACGCUCUGGAGCCAAAUGUGCUAUGCCAAGUUACCGUCAUACUUCUGUCAUUCCUAUCACACUCCUAUGCAUUUUCACCUUCUUUGCUUCGAGAUUUCGAUAACAACCAAGGGUAUCCUAUUCUUCUUAAAAUCUUGCUGAGGUGUGAGGGAGAUGCCAUUAUUUCAGAAGGAGGAGAGGAGUAUCUUAAAGAGUUGCUCUCAUUACUGGCAUCUCUUGUCAUUUGUGGAAAUUCUGAGGUGAAAGUUUCUGGUCAAAUUUCUCACCCUCAACUUCCUAGCUUCUCUAAAGCACACGGAGCUAGUUCAGGUCAGACAGUGAAAAACCUGCAAGCUUUUCAAGUCCUACAAAGUGCUUUCCAGAGCAGUAUUGAUGCUCACCUUUGUGGUAAGAUCCUGUCAACCAUGCAAUAUCUGUGGUCCCUGGAUCACAGUAACUUCUUUCUUUUGGAGUGGAGUCUGCAACCAAUCUCACAGUUUGUGGAGAUCCUCCCUCAGAAACCCCUAUCAGUCCAAGCCCAGUUCUUCCAAUUGCUUCAUUUUGUGGUUUGUGAGUUGUCUUACAUCCCCCAUCAGACAUUGCAGAAAGUACAGGAGCUGAUUAAACAGAACCAGAAUCCAUCAUGCACAUUGGAGGCCCUGAAACUUCUGCAGAACAUCACCCCAAUAGACUCACUCUUCAGCGAUCUCUUUAGGGAUUCUGGACUACUAGGCAUUCUGCUAACGCAGCUGAGAAAUCGUGCUAAAAUCUUGAGAAGGGCAGCAGUUAGUUCAAAUGCUAACCCUGAAGUGGAUUAUGAACGAGAAUUGACAAUUGGGAGACUGCAAACCGUUGAUGUCUUGCUUCAGUCAUCAGUCCGGAAUGUAGUUAUCAUAAAAGACUAUGGGAUGGUUCCAUAUAUAAAAGUCUUUCUGGAUGACAUGGGAUGUCGACAGAGAGCACUGUACAUCCUUGAGCACCUUUCAGCCGUUGACCCAGACGAGUACAUGAGCACCAUAAUUGGUUCCUUGUGCUCAUCAACUCAAAGUGAGAUCACUCUAAAACUGGAUCUGCUCCAGUCUCUUCAACAGGUGUUGAAGUCAGGGAGAGAGAGGUACAGUUUCCGGAAUGCAGCUGGCUUUGAUGUUCUCUUGUCCCUUCUCUCGGACAUGGAGGGGUCACUCUCGGAAACACCUGUAGGAUGCUGGUCAGGAGUCCAACCAAAUCACAUCCUUCUGCUCAUAAGGUCCAUAAUGAUGGUUAUAUCUGCUGCUCUCUGCCAGGAUAUUGCAAACCAGCACUUUGUUAAGACUCAACAGGUUUUCCAGAGGUUAGCAGAGGACUUGAAACGACUGGGCUGCUUUAGACCCUCACUUACUGAGUGUGCAUCACGCCUAGCGACUCCCAACAGAACCAGGAACCUCUGUGAAUUAUUACGUUUGGCUCUCAACACCCAUAUAGCCUGUCCAGAGUCACUAAGAAACUGUUUUGUGAUACUCAGUCUCUUGCUUGGAAUGGCGACAGGCACUCUGUGUCAAUGUGGAAAUGAACACAAUACAAAGCCAAUCAUUUCUGAGCUGCCCAUGAAGCAGGAUCAUUAUCAGAGUCAUUGCGCAUCAAAUGACAAGCUUUGUGAUCUUAUGCAGGAUUUAUUUCCAGAGGGCUCAAACAGGUGCCCAAUGGAUGACCUUGUCACUGUGGAACCAGGAGCUCUGUGUGCGAUCGUCACCCUCAUUCAAAGUGCUUAUAGUGAGAAGACACCAGAGCUGUCCAAGGAGUUCCAAUGUGCAGUUGUGGAGCACAUCCAGGCACUGGUCCAGAGUGAGCGGCAGCGCCAGGUGCUCUGUGAGUCUCUGCUGCUUAGCUGUAUUGUCACAUUCUGCAGAACGACGCUUGUAGAUUAUCAGGAUCCACUACGGUUGCCCCUUGUCAGGCUGUUUGAGAAACUAGCAUCCCAGUCAGUCCAGCCAGAUGUGCUGAGGCAAUUUCUGUGUUGUGCUGUCACAAUGAAACAGAGCCCAGAGGAUUAUGCAGAUGAUACACAGAAUCGCCCUAGCCACUCUCCGUCCAAUGGCUCCAUCCUGCAUACGUGCAUCAGUCUUGUGUCUAUGGCUUCCCCUAGAAGGUUCCAAACCAAUACCACAUCUGUGAUGCCAUCAUUUGUAGAAUUUGACAUGUCAACACGUGGAUAUGGAUUUCUUUUUUUGCCCACAGUUGCUACAAUAAAGGGCUCAAAUGUUGAGGAGAUCUUAUGCGGGGGUGUAGGAACAGAUGGUCGCAGCUUCCCUCCUCAAGGGGGUCUUACUUUCACAUGCUGGUUUCUAGUGAGCAAAUUCUCUCUAGCCCCUGAGCCCCACCCUUUGCGCUUCUUGACUAUUGCACGUCAUAUGUCUGGGAAACAGCAACACCACAUCUGUCUGUCUAUUGCCAUGAAUGCUGUGGAGGACAUCCUGGUGAUUUCGACAGAGGAACAAGAAUUCCAACCAUUAGACAUAAUGGAGGUGGAGCCGUCUCCUAUUCCUUCCCAUGCACCAUCUCAGAUUGUGCUCAAGUUGUCUGGUUGCAUAGUGGUUGAACAGUGGCAUCACUUGUCUGUGGUGCUGAAGGAAGUGAAACGUUCUUCUAUUGUCAGUGCCUGGAUAGAUGGACAACUUCUGGGGUCUGGUGAGAUGAGGUACAUACAACGCCUUCCUGGUGGCAGUUCAUCUCUUCACCCCACUUCUCUUGUGGAUAUUCAUGCAUUUCUUGGAACUCCUAAAAUGUGGCGUCAGAAGAGCUCUCUACUCUGGAGGCUUGGCUUUUUUGCACUAUUUGAAGAGGCUUUGUCUGAAGAGAUGCUGUUAUUAAUUCAGAGACUUGGCCCUGCCUACUGUGGAAACUUCAAAAAUGUUUAUCCACUGCUGUCUGAGGAGAAGAUUGUUUUUGGGGUGAAUAUUCUCAGCUCAUACGUCAGUACUGUUGCGCAAAUCAAAGAUACAUACAACGAAGUGGAUGGAAGACACAUUGCAAAAGAGCUGGGAAUUUCGUCACGGGACAGCUGCACCCCAGUUUUUGUAGCCAGGAACUUGGCUUCGCAUUUGUUGGGUGCCAUGCGUACUCUUGGUGCGGUUACCAUCGAAGGCAUAGGCGUGCGAUUCUUUCACUCCAGCUCAGCUGCUGAUGCUUUGAACUACAUUGGUGGUCCAGUUGUCAUACUUAGCUUGGUUUCCAUGGCUACUGAUGACCAGGCCCUGUAUGCCUCUCUCAAAGCCCUUGUGUCUGUACUGAGCAGUAGUCCACUGGCAGAGCAGCUAAUGGAGCACAUUGAUGGAUAUAGGCUCCUGGGUUUCUUACUGAGGCAGAAAUCUCACCUAUUAAACCAACGCAUCUUUCAGCUGCUUCUAAACAUAGCUGGUACUGCUGAUUUCGGUGUAGGGCCAAGCAGACCCAUGAAUCUGGAUGCAGUGAAGUAUAUACUCUGCAACUUCCAGCUUUGGCUGGAGUCCCCGGGUGAUCUUGAUUUAGCUCUGCUGGCACACCUAGAGGACCUUCUCAAAUGUCAGAGGUAUAUUCAAAUCACUCAGCACGUACCACUGAUUGACAGGCUCAUAUUCCUUCUUAAUGAUCCCCGGAUGACUCAUACAAAAAUACACCUCGUAUGCAGCCUUCUUAGCUAUUCUCUUAUCUCCUCCUUUAGCCGGAAGAACUUCUUGAGACUGGGUCUCCUUCUGGUUAGCACAUUGCCUCUACCAUCAGUUGAUGAAUCGAAACUACUUCCACAAGACCCUUCGCUGUCAGAUACCAGCAACGAUCUCUGGCGGAAGGUUUGGCUUCGUAAUCAGCUGCUAGGUGUUCUGAUUGAGCUGAUGUGCCCCUCUUUCUCUUGUCUGUCUCUGGAACAGCAGGAGGAGGUGCUGAUCACUCUUGGAACUGACUGGUUCUUGCUGUUUGUCCGACCUUCCAUCCAUGCAUCUAGUGUUGCCCUGGGGAUGAGACUAAUUGCGCACUUUCUCCAAAUCCAGGGAUUACUUACUCGCUUCAAGGAGAGGGCCAGAGCUGGGGCCUAUGUGGAAAACAGUACAUAUGAUAUGCACAUACAAAUGGUCGGCAAUUGUACCAAUAAAGGCCUCGAGGAGAAGAGUAAGGGUCGCCAAGUGGUUCCUUUGAACUUAUUCCUGAGUGAGUGCUUGGCGCCCCUCUCCUCUGCGUCAGGUGAUUUAGAUGCCAAACUGCAGACAGUGUUUCAGAAUCACAACCCUGAAAAGAUCUUACAGGAUGGACUUUGCACAGAGGCAGCUCUUCUGCUUUUGAUAAUGAUGAAGGCCUUGGUUUGUCAGUAUUCUGUUGCUGAGGAGAAAAAUCAAGAUCCAGUGAAAGCGAAACAGCAUCAGCAUUGCCAGUCUGUACGGAAAGCAAUCCAAGAGCUGAUGUAUCACAUUCUUCAUGAUAGCCUGAACACCAUCCCGAUUCUGAAGCAAGAUCAUCUCUUUGAAUAUCUGCUGGAGACACAACUGACAGAUGGCAGUAGUGAAUGUGGUAAUCGGUUCCAAACGGAGAUCCUACAGUGUGGUAUGGAAAUAUUCUGCUCAAUCAGCCAGAGAGGAGAGAACCAGUAUUCUGAGCUAUUAGGUACAAGUGAUUUCCCUUCCGGCCCAGCCAUUGCAAACCUUUCGUAUUUCAGCCAAAAACUUCUAGAGAAGAUGCACUGGGGGGUCUUUAUGGCUGAUCCCUGUGAGAUUCUGAUAUUCUUCGUCAAGCAAAUCACGGCUGUGACGCAUACAGCCGCUCCUUGUAACAGGGACAGCCUCUUCAGCAUGCUGUACGGCUACCUGAAUCGCAGCAUCCUGUACUGCCUUUCCAGGCCUAGGCACACAGCAUCAGAGCUGCUCAGCCUGCUGAAGGUCCUACAACUUCUCUUUUCACGUUGGGAUGACAUCUUCACCACAUACAACUCUAGCCCCAGCUUUACUGCCUGCCUAAUACACUGCCUGCUUCAGAUCUACACUGGGAGUCACCCCCAGGGAUUUGGUGUGAAGACCAAGCCGAGGAGACAUUCCUGGCAGAUGAUCUUCCUUUCCGAGGAAGAGGAGCAAAUAACAGAAUGCCCUCCCCUUCAGGAAGUACACACUCAGGUUCUUCAGGCCAUCCAGACUGUGUGGAUGCAGCUGAUUGUUCACAGAAGGCAAGUAUUGGAGGAGCACUACAAGGUGGACCUGUCCACCAAGCAGGGAGAAAUCCAAAUUACGCAAGUCACCCCAAUGUGGGAGGAAAUGGCAUCAAAAUGUUGGCAGCAAUACCUGGUUUCAGAGAAAAAGAACCUGAAGAUUAAAAGGCGAACAUCAACUGUUCUAGAGAACAAGGCUGUCCAUGGCUUGCAUGAAAUGAAGGAGCAAAUGACAGACCUCAAACUUAAGGAUGCUGCUACCACAAUGAAUGAUUGCAUGAGAGCAGGCCAGGAUGUUUUCAAGUAUCUCUACAGAGACAAUCAACAGGUAAACAAAUGUGAACAUAUGGCCACUUACAGAAAUUGGGUGGCUCAAGAGGAACAUCUGUAUUCAGAAGGAGGCGUCUGGGGCUCCCUAAGCAGUCAAUAUAACAUGACUUGGGAGUUAAGCCCACAUGAAGGUCCAUGGCGUGUCAGGAAGAGAAUGCAGCCAGUUUGGAGAAUGCCGCAGACUCUGAAGUAUACGGAGAGCAGGGGGAUACGUUCUCUUCAGAGAAUGACAAGUCCAGGUGGCUGGAUGAGUGAUAGGACUGGGCUGACCUUCUUCCCUGCUCUUCAGGAAGAUCUGGAGGGUUCAUCGUCUAGAGAUCUCUGUAUGGAGACACUGAGGAUCCUUCAAGAGUUUUCAGAGGGCGAAAAGAUCUCAUUCAAGAUGUCUGUGGUUUUUGUAGAGGGGCACGUGAUCUUAGAAGGGGUUCUUCUCUUCGGGAAAAAACAUUUUUACCUAUGCCCUCACUUUAUCUUGUCCUCCUCUGGGGAAGUUACGUGCACCAGUCAUGGAGUCUCAAGCAUUCAGGAUCCCUUCAUAUAUGAUCUGUGCUAUAAGGAUAAGCCCAGCACAUACACCAAAAAGCUAGUAGGGAAUCUGGAAGCAUCUGAGAUUGCAUUAUCUCUUGGAAGAGAGGCUGAACCAGUGACUCCAUGGGCAGAGCGUUUCUCAUACCACGAAGUGAUGGACUUGCAGCCCAGGCAUUUCCUCAUGCAGGAAAUCGCUAUGGAAAUAUUUUUCAUGAAUAGAACUACAACGUUUCUUGUCUUUCCCAAUGGAGAUUUGACUGCAGCAAUGAAAUGGUUUCAGUCUCUAAUUCCAUCUCUCAAACAAAAAGACGUUGUGGAGGAUAUCCAGGAUAUUAGGACUUCAAGUGAGAAGGUCAUGCUGCAGAGGUGGCAGAAAAGAGAAGUGGGGAAUUUUGAAUACUUGAUGUUCCUAAAUAAUCUGGCUGGCCGUACCAUUAGAGACCUCAUGCAGUACCCGGUGCUACCUUGGGUUCUACAAGACUACAAGUCAGAAGCACUUCAUCUCUUUGACCCAAAAGUCUUCCGUGAUCUAGCCAAACCCAUGGGGGCUCAGAGUAAGGAACGCAGUCAAAAGUUUAUUCAUCGGUACCAGGAAGUAGAAAAAAACAACGGUGACUUGGAAGGGCAGUGUCAUUAUUGUACACACUAUUCAUCAGCAAGCAUUGUCUCAUCAUACCUAGUUCGAGUGGAGCCAUUUACACAAGCCAUGCGGUGUUUGCAAGGCGGCUCUCUGGAUGUAGCUGAUCGGUUAUUCCACAGUGUAUCAGAUGCCUGGGAGUCAGCAUCAAGUAAAAAUAUGAGUGAUGUUCGAGAGCUGAUCCCCGAGUUUUAUUAUCUUCCUGAAAUGUUUACCAACUCCAAGAAUUGUGAACUAGGCUGCAUGCAGGAUGGUACUGUUGUAGGCGAUGUAAUCCUUCCACCUUGGGCUCAUGGAGAUCCUCACUCUUUUGUCCGUCUGCACAGAGAGGCCCUGGAGUCUGAGUAUGUCAGCUCUCAACUUCAUCACUGGAUUGACCUGAUUUUUGGCUACAAGCAGCGUGGGGAUAAUGCUGUUCAGGCACUCAAUCUAUUUCACCCUUAUUUCUAUGGAUCUCCAGCCAAUAUGCGCAGUGCCGACCACCUUAUCCGAAACACAGUGACUGGGUUCAUAAUUAACUUUGGCCAGGUUCCAAAGCAGCUUUUCACUAAAUCUCACCCAGUUCGCCUGGCGAAAGAUUCAACAGGACACCAGAUCAUCCCCUUCUACACCAUACCCGGUGGUCUGAAGCCAACUAAGGUCUCACCACGAGGGGGAAAUUUGCGUGGGGCUGUAGGACAGAUAAUAGCAACACGUAAGGGAGUGUUUGCAGUGGAAAAGAAUCAUGUUCUACUUCCUCCAACAUGCACAUCGAGCAUAAGCUGGGGUCACAGUGAUGGAUCAGUGAAACUACACAGCUGCAGUACACACAAGGUUUUGGCUGUGUGGGAGUUGAUAUUACAAUGGGGAUGGUGUCAUUGUAUUGUGUGUCCCUUGCCAACCUUGAUCGUUACAGCUAUGAGUAGCUCGGUUCUAUGUGCCUGGGAGUUCAGUUCCCCAGGACUGAAAGAUCAGGAACCUAGACUGAAGAUCAAAAAGGUGCUGACAGGACAUAGUUCUGCAGUGCUCUGUGUAUCUGCGUCCAUGCAGUAUGGAGUGCUUAUAAGUGGAUCUUCAGAUGGAUCCUGCAUUAUUUGGGACCUGGACAAACUAAAAUGUUUCCGCCGACUCCCAACACACCAAGGAAAGGUUACCUGUGUCAACAUCAGUGACAGUACGGGUUAUAUUGCCACCUACAGCAUCUCUGCUCUCUAUUUGUGGUCAGUUAAUGGUGAUCCUGUGUCCUGUACGAAUAUUGGAAGUGGCAUUCAUUGUGUCUGUUUUGCUGGACUGAGCGUGAUGGUCACAGGGUCUGUGGACGGAACUGUCAAGCUAUGGAAGAUGGAAGUCGCUGAAGAAAACAAAGAAAUUGGUUUGGGAGGUGAGAAGCUGGGUACUUCUCUGCGUUUGUUUCAUCAGUUGGUGCCUGGAGACUCGACCACGGGGAAGCAGCAUCGUCUGGCAGCAGUCACAGCUCUCACUGUGUCAAGGAAUUCUGAAAAACUCUUUGUCGGUGAUGAACGAGGAAUUAUUACCAGCUGGCACCUGGACUAAAAGCCUUGGUUUUAUCUUGCUCCAUCCUAGGCCAAAAGACCGUUCCUCUGACUUGUUACAUAUAGACAUUUCAGAAGGUAUUGUGACAGCAGAAAAGGAGAACUUUGAAGAAUUAUCAGUGUUCAAGGUGACAUAUAGUGAUGCUACAGUAGU